UACUGAGGAUCUGCUGGCUCGUAAGCUCGUGGUCUGUUGGACCUUCACUCAUGCGCGUGUUCGUGCACGUUAACGUCACGUUUGUGGGCGUCGGAGUGGAAGCUGGGCAGCUGGAUGCCAGCGGGGUCACAGAUUUACCAGCUUCCCACCGCUCCACAACAAGCAGAAGCACGUUGUCAUAGCAAUCAGUGCUCUGGGUUUGUAUCACAGCUUUCAUCUAAGCCGAAUCACAUCAGUCUUUACCGUGUUCAGUCAAAUUGAGUUUUUUUAAAAAAAUAAUAUAGAUGUCAUUCAAUAGUUUACCUGGUUAUUAAAUCCUGUCAUCCGUGUUUUUCUACUCCAGUUUUCCUGCAGACGGGCAGCAGGUGGGCUGUCUUGAUAAUCAUUCUCUCUCCCCAAGCAUCCUUAACCUCUCCUCCUCCCACGCUCAGCUCCCAGGAGCUCCUCCUCACAGGAAGCGAAGCUCAUCGCGCCUCGUAAAGCGGGAUGAGGAUGAUCGGAGAUCCUGAAGGACAGUGGUGAAGAAAGAAUGGACAGAGCGUAAGGCGGAGAGCGUUGUCCUUCUGUGUCUGAACUCAGGGUUUUCCUCAGGUGUGAUGGAUGAGGAAGUUGUGGAGAUGUGUUGGUGACGUGUCCUUCUGUGUUUUGCAGCUGAUUCCAGAAGAACAACAGGUUGGAACAGAAGAAUCCUCUGUGGAGACCAAACCAGGUUUCCCAUGAGACCUGCCUUCUCGACCAGGCUCUGGAGCUUAUUAUAAGCGAGAAGCCUCCCAACAGUGCAAGUCUCAUCCUGAACGAGGAUGCAGAGAAGCUUCCACUGCCCAACAGAGGAGAUCUGAGGAGGUGUCUACGCAGGGUCAUGGAGAAGAGAGCCAGCAGCGUGAGGGACCGGGUCACCUCCUUCAGCAGGAGCAGCCUGAGAGGCUUCUUCCAGAGGAACCUGUUUGUUCUGUUCACUGUUGCUGCCGUCGCUUUAGGUGCGAUCCUUGGUUUUUCUCUUCGUCCUCACGAUCUUUCCCUGAAGGAGAUCAAAUACUUUGCUUUUCCUGGAGAGCUCCUGAUGAGAAUGCUGCAGAUGCUCGUCCUCCCUCUCAUCGUCUCAAGUUUGGUUACAGGUAUCUCCUCUUUGGACAGCAAGGCGUCGGGUAAGAUGGGCGCGCGAGCCGUGGCCUACUACAUGGUCACCACGCUGGUUGCCGUGUUCAUUGGGAUCGUGAUCGUUGUGAUCAUUCGGCCUGGGAAAGGCAGCAGGGACAGUCCCGUGACUAAAAGCGGACACAUUGAACCAGUUCAGGCUGCUGAUGCUUUUCUGGAUCUCAUUAGGAACAUGUUUCCUCCCAAUCUGGUAGAAGCUUGCUUUAAGCAGUAUAAAACUGUGUAUAAGAAGACUGUCUACACCAGAAACGUGACAGUGACUCUGAAUUUCACCGACUCUCUCAAUGUGACGGAGUAUGACCUGCGGGCGAACUUCAGCAGGGUGUUGCACACCAUGCAGGAGACGGUGGAGGAGACCGUUCCUGUGGCUGGCUCCUCAGGUGGAGUGAACGCUCUGGGUCUGGUAGUCUUCUCCAUGUGCUUCGGUCUGGUCAUUGGUAACAUGAAACAGCAGGGCCAGGCUCUGAGGAACUUCUUUGACUGCUUGAAUGAAGCCAUCAUGAGGUUGGUGGCCAUCAUCAUAUGGUACGCUCCAGUGGGUAUAAUGUUCCUGAUUGCAGGGAAGAUAGUAGAGAUGAAGGAUCUGGCAGAAGUGGGUGGCCAGUUGGGAAUGUACACGGUUUCGGUCAUUGUGGGUCUGUUCAUCCACGGUCUCUUUGUCCUGCCUCUACUCUUCUUCCUGGUGACCCGGAAGAACCCCUACAGCUUCAUUGGGGGGUUGCUGCAAGCUCUCAUCACUGCUCUGGGGACUUCUUCUAGUUCUGCUACCCUGCCAAUCACUUUCCGCUGUCUUGAGGAGAACAACCAUGUGGACAAACGAGUGACACGUUUUGUCCUUCCUGUGGGCGCCACCAUCAACAUGGAUGGCACCGCCCUCUACGAGGCUGUGGCGGCCAUUUUUAUUGCUCAAGUCAAUGACAUGGAUCUUAACUUUGGGCAGAUUCUCACUAUCAGUAUCACAGCAACUGCUGCCAGCAUCGGAGCAGCAGGCAUCCCUCAGGCUGGCCUGGUUACCAUGGUGAUCGUGUUGACAUCAGUAGGACUGCCCACCGAGGACAUAACGCUGAUAAUCGCUGUGGAUUGGUUCCUAGAUCGUUUGCGCACAACCACCAACGUGCUGGGCGACUCGCUGGGGGCUGGCAUCGUGGAGCACCUGUCUCGUGAAGAGCUGCAAAAUCAAGAUGCUGAAAUGCACGACUCAGUACUUGAGGCGAGCGAGAAGCCCUACCAGCUGAUAUGCCAGGAAAACGACACGAUCAACCACAUCAACAGUGAAACCACUAUGUAAACCUAAAGACCAUGUGUUGGAAAAUCCUCGCAAAAACAUCAGGGUCUUAGAGGAAAACUCAUGGGCAUCUUAUUUUAUGUUGUCUUUUUUUAUUUUAUUUAAAGACAUACCAGACACAGAUGUGAUGGAGAGUGUGGCUCAAAUAUCUGUAAAUAGGGCUCUAGCACAGCAGAAUCACGUGUAUAAAUAUGAACAAACAGAAGGGAAAUCUUUAAGUUGAGGGCAGAGAUCGCAAUAGAAUCCACAAGAUUUUCAAAAUAAAAUGCAGCAUGUGGGCUGCAUGAUCGCAAUCUCACCCAAAAGGCUUGUGAAUGGCGGUGUGAGAAUCUCUAAAUCUCCAAUGGGAUUUCAUACAACCAACCAACGCACCCUACUUAAGGCUAAUGUACACCGGGCUCGGAAAUGCGCAUUCAAGUGACCACUUCCUGUGAAAAGUCUAUGUAAAUGCCUGUUUUCAGAUAGGUACAUAAAAAAAACGCUUCAAAAGUUAAACCAGUUGAACUUUGAUCACUCAGGGACCUGGAUUUGGUAGUGACAUUUUAAUUCACGGACGUGAUCAUGGAGGAGAAAUUAAUAAUUGUAGUUUGUGCCCGGCCAGAAUUCUAUGACACCAAGUCUUUCAUAUAUAUCAAAAUAAAUCGGUGAAAGACAAAACCUGGAGCAAAAUUUUUGAGAUUUGCACCGCUUUGACAUUUCACACCACGCCUCUUUCAACUGUAGGUGGUGGACAUGCACUAGUAUUGGAUAACAGGAGUCUAGUGUAAACACCAUUGGCUAAAAAUACACACAAGAACGCGAAGAACACGUGCCUGGUGUGUACGUAUCGUUAGGCAUAGCUGCGUUUAUGGGUGACGCCCUGUACAAUCCUGUUCAGGGGACGUACAAUUUGAAAACCGCUUGCUGAGACAGAGGAGUGAACACUUAUUCAAGACAUAAAGGUGAACUAGGUAAGAUGCAGGCAUGUCGUAUGGAUUUUUCAUUUUUGAAACCCCUCCCAAAUCCAGCACACUGUGCAAGAAAGCCCGUUAGUGCUGUUAACAUGAUGAGUUCACGGUUCUCACAUGCACAUACAAAUACAUCAUGAGACAAUGAUACACUUACCACACGCUCAACAAUGGUACGUUCCAUUUUCAUGACGUCCCUUGAGGUGGCACACCUGCGCUCCGUUAACGAUGCAGUCGCACCUGUCUACGACUGUCUACGGGCCUAGACAACCCAAAAACCUGCAACAUUCAUUGGGGUUAACCCCCCCAUACAGGUGAAUGUGACUAAGGCUUUAUCCCAAGUACUGUGUCUGAUCUGGCUGGCUGACAACAUUUUAAAACGUGACCUGAGACACGAAAAUAGCAAGAAAUGAAGAGCUUAUCAUCUAUUUUCUGAGUCACGCGGGUUUGUCUUAUGGGACACAGGUUUACAGAAAAGUUGUGGUUUGUGGUUGUCAGGUGGAAUUUCUCUUCUUUAAGGCGCAAAACAUCGUUUAUAAAAGAUAAACUUAAUCAGUCAACUUUACAGAAUCAUUUUUACAACAUUUUCUUAUUAGCAACAGAGAAACAUUAUUUCAAAAUAAGAUACCAAUCCAAGUCAUCAGUAUCUGGUGACUCUUCAAAUCAAUUUUUUGCAUUUCAUAUUUACCUUACAAACCACUAUUUCUAUUCUCUUCUGGGUUUUUGAGUUUCCAUAGUAACAAAUAAAUCAGAAUGUAAAUAAAUAAUGUUUUGUUUUUUGCUAUGUGCUGGUCAGGUUUUCUUACUGAAUGUAUCGUUUAACAUUGAAUGUACUUGAGUGUUAAAUGCAGGAAAUCUUAAAAAAAAAGACAACUUAAUUUUACAUUGUGCUUUCUACAUUGUUGUGAUUUAAUAUACAUUUGAUGGUGUUGUGUUUAAACAGUAUGUUAAUUAACAGGCAAGUUUCCAAAAUCUCAAACAAGUUAAAUUUAUAUAUUUUACUUGUUUGAUUCAACUUUUUUGCCACAGUUAUAUUCCAUAUUCCUAAUAUUAUUCAGCAGAUUACUUUGUAAUUUUCCAAUUCUAAAUAUUUAUCGUGAGGCAUAAAGUUUUUAUGGUUGUGUUUAAGAAGUGCAUUGAAGGUCAGAAAAUGUUUUGAGAAAUGUGAUGUAAUGAUGUUUUAUUUAGUAGCUUACUUGAAGAUUUGGAAGUAUGUGACAUUUUAUCUGAUUGAAUCCUGUUGUCAGGGCUUUUCAGCUUUUUUAUCUUGACAGAGCAGCUAAAACUUUGCAUUUAAUCUGCAAAAAAUACAUGUUUUAUGAACUUUUUGUUUUAAUUCUGUGAAUGUGCGUUUUAAACACACAAGGAGCACCGACUCUUAUUUUGACAAUUCUUAAUGAUUUUAAAAUAAUGUUUACCUGCAUUUCCUGCAUUUUGUAAUAAAACAACACAAACUUA